CUACAACUCGCGUUUGGAACGCUAUAACCUUUCUUUCGCUGGGCGAAACUGCUAGGACUUGAAGCUGGGCUACUACCUUUGAUAUUCUGUAUCUGUGGAUCAGAUUCGGAAAUCUACGAGACGAGAGAAGAAGAGAGAAGAUUACAUUGUGUUGGUUUGAAGCAUGUUGACCGUGCUAGUGUCGUUGAAGGCGCUCGUUCUCACCUUGGCCAUUGUCACGGUGGCGCUCGGUAGACCUUUAGGCUACAGACCGUCGCUGGAACACAUCCUGGAACGACGAGGAUGUGGGACAGUCGUAUCAGAGGAAGAGAGGUUCGGUAUGGAGGAGACGUUGCGUCGGGUUCGGUCUACUACUCGACUCGAAGCGAGGGACCUAGACCUUUCUGGCAUCGCCCCCGGUGGUCACAACGCGACCGUUAACUCGACCGCGACUAUCGUGCCCCUCGAGCCUGUUUCGUUCGACGUUUAUUGGCAUGUUAUCUACGCAAACGAGACGAAGGAGGGAGGAUAUGUCAGCGACUCGCAGAUUAUGGAACAGAUGAAAGUCAUCAACGACGACUUCAAAUCUGCGAACAUCUCGUGGAAUUUCAAGAAUAUUACGCGAGUGGAGAAUGAGGAUUGGUUUGUUAAUGUGUGGCCUGGGUCUCCUCAAGAACAAGAAAUGAAAGCCAAGUAUCAUAAAGGAGAUUCCACAGUCUUGAACAUCUUCACCGCUCAGUUCAACGCAACAACCAAAACCCUCGGCUUCGCCUCCCUCCCCUCCUCCUACCUCCGCGCCCCACUCUCCGACGGCCUCCUCAUCAAACACACCACCCUCCCUGCUGGCUCGCACCCCAACUACAACCACGGCCGAACCAUGACACACGAGUUGGGCCAUUGGCUGGGGCUGUAUCAUACGUUCGAAGGCGGGUGUGAGGGUGUGGGAGAUAAUGUGGAUGAUACACCGCCGGAGGCGAGUGAGGCUGUUGGGUGUCCUGUUGGGAGGAGGAGUUGUCCGGGGAGUGAGAUGGAUGAUCCUAUUCAUAACUUCAUGGACUACUCCUGGGAUACGUGCAUGACGCAUUUCACGCCUGGACAGGCGGUUCGGAUGCAUGAAGUCAUCUGGGCGUAUAGGACGAAGAGACCGCCUGUGGAUAACUCUACUACCGCCGCCACUCCCCCUGCUGCUACCUCUACCACUAUCUCUACUACUAUCUCUGACUCUGCGGCAAGCUCCAGUUCGACAAGGUCUACCCCCAUUCCGGUAGAAUCUGGAGAUGCUGGCUCAAGCGAGGAGGAUGACUCUGAGGACGCUGAAGGAGAAGAGAAGGAGCAUGCGGGGGAUGAGGAUGAGGAUGAAGAGCAGGAUGAGCCUAGGUGGUACUAUGACGACUCUGACUACCCGUAUUACUGAUCUCAAAAUCUAAAGAAUCCACUGCCUUCG